GUGCCGAGACCCAGAGCAGAAGCAGAAGUCCAGCAGGUGCUGGAACAGAGGGGAAGUGAGUGCCCAGAGCUCAGGGAGGCUGGAAGGGGCCCUGGCUGAGGGACUCGCCCAUGCCCAGGGCCCCAGGCCGAGCUUCACCCCAGGCCUCGCCCGCAGCGUUCCUGUCUCCUGCAUUUCACUGUAAAUGCCACGGGACCAUGACACACUAAACUGCUGACUCCAAAAGUAUUUCUCAGCAGACAGGGCCGGGCUGUUACCCAACUCUCUGCCUGCACCCCUGGAGCUGUCCCUACGGCUCGCUGCUCUGCGGUCAGCUGAAAUGGCGCCGCGUCCCGGGCCAGGCCGUCGGGGGCACCCGAGCAGGACGCGCCACUUCUCAGCUCUGCCCUCCCUGGCUGCAAGGCGCCCAAGUUUCCACCGACUUGCAAGAGAUUUGCUGAAAGAUGGGAACGCAGGACCUCAGCGAGUGGAGGUCCGCAGGGCUUGUCCAGUCUCGAGAGGACGCCGCGAGUGAAACCGAAGCGUGUCUGCGGCGGGGGAGGCGAGGGCGCCUCGAGGGGCACCGUGCCCACCGCGGGGCCCCGUCGCCCGGUGCGCAGGCAGGGCGAGCCCGGUGGGAGCGCACGCCGACCCCGCCCGAGCCCGGCCGGCCGCGGCGCCCAGGCCUGGGCGGAGCUCCGCCGGUUCUGCUUUCGCCCCCUCCCGUCCGAGGGCCAGCGGACGGCCGGUCCCCCCGCGGCCGCCCUCACGCUCUGCGAACCUCCGCCCCGGGGUGCCCGCCCGGCGCCCCGCGCCCUGGCCCGGCGCUCGCAGCGCAACUCCUCGGCGCCCGCGCGCUCCGCCCGCCCGCCCGCCCGAGGACGGCUCCAGUGUAUCUCGGUGUCCGGCUUCCUGUCCUCAUCGCCCCUCCCGCCCCGUUUCCCUGGCCCCUCCCUCUCCCCGGCCCGAUCCGCCCGCCGGCUCCCCCUCCCCGAUCCCUCGGGUCCCGGGAUGGGGGGGCGGUGAGGCAGGCACAGCCCCCCGCCCCCAUGGCCGCCCGUAGGAGCCAGAGGCGGAGGGGGCGCCGGGGGGAGCCGGGCACCGCCCUGCUGGCCCCCCUCGUGCUGGGCCUGGGCCUGGCGCUGGCCUGCCUUGGCCUCCUGCUAGCGGUGGUCAGCCUGGGGAGCCGGGCAUCGCUGUCUGCCCAGCAGGAGCCUUCCCAGGGGAAGCUGGUGGCAGAGGAGGACCAGGAGCCUCGGGAACUGAGUCCACAGACAGAGGACAGCCAGGAUGUUGUGCCUUUCCUGAAACCGCUGGUCCGGCCUCGCAGAAGUGCACCAAAAGGCCGGAAAAUACGGGAUCGCAGAGUGAUUGCAGCUCACUAUGAAGUUCACCCACGACCGGGACAGGAUGGAGCGCAGGCGGGUGUAGAUGGCACAGUGAGUGGCUGGGAAGAAGCCAAAAUCAACAGCUCCAACCCUCUGCGCUAUGACCGUCAGAUUGGGGAGUUUACGGUCACCAGGGCUGGGCUUUACUACCUGUACUGUCAGGUGCACUUUGACGAGGGCAAGGCUGUUUACCUGAAGCUGGACCUGCUGGUAGAUGACGUGCUGGUCCUGCGCUGCCUGGAAGAGUUCUCCGCCACUGCAGCAAGCUCCCUGGGGCCGCAGCUGCGACUCUGUCAGGUGUCCGGGCUGUUGCCCCUGAGGCCAGGGUCCUCCCUGCGGAUCCGCACCCUCCCCUGGGCCCAUCUCAAAGCUGCCCCCUUCCUCACCUACUUUGGACUCUUCCAAGUUCACUGAGGGAUCAGUCUCCCAGCAGAUUUCCUAGGGUGCUGGCUCCCCACACAGCUCUCUAAACACCCAGUCCCCUCUGCACCACCCUAAGCCUCCCAGGCUCCAGAUCUGCCCUCCCUCCAUAGGCUGCCAGGGCUUCUUCACAUUUCCCCUGCCCACUCUUUUUUUUUUUUUUUUGGUACUGGGGGUCAAACUCAUGACCUUGUACUUCCCAGGCAAGCACUUACGCUGCUGAGCUAAAUCCCCAGCCCUCCCACUCCUCCCUUACACACCCCCACCCACCUUCCUAGCUCUCAAACCCCUUUCCAAGCCCCCAUUUAUCCCUUAACUCCCCUGGCCACACACCCCCCCCAGGACACUGUGUUUACUGACCCUUUGGGCAAGGAUGGGUCCAGACGACCUGGUUUUAGGCACUGAGAGGGGCUGGACCUUGUGGCUGGAAGCCAAAGAGCCUGGAGCUAGGCCAGGAGUUCCCAAAUGUGAGGACGAGCUCCCUCCUUGACAAUUCCCUGUGGAUUUUGAAAACAGAUAUUAUUUUUAUUAUUAUUGUGACAAAAUGUUGAUAAGUGGAUAUUAAAGAGAAUAAGUCAUA